GCAAGCAAGAAUCUGUUAAUUACAGUUUGCCCUUUUCAGUGCAGUGGUCUGCAUCGUUAUUUGAAAAGCACACAAGUUAAAUGGGGGAUGCGACAGACUCCUAAGGUGAUCAUCCCUCUGCACCCGAGUGUCAGGUAGAUUUCCUGCAAGGCGAUGCAGUCUUGCAGUCAGCGAAGUCUUGCACAAUGAAGAAAAUAUUCCACUUCACCAAGAAGAAGAAAAGCUUCUCCCCCAAUGCAUCAGACACGACAAGUGUGUUAUCUGUCGGUUAUGAUUUAAAGGAGAAGGAUUUGGGGAAAGUGCACAAGGCUGCCGCGGCUGGUGAUGUAGUGAAGGUAAAACAGCUUGCGAAGAAAAAUGAUCUAAACCAGCUUGACAAAGAAAAUAGAACUGCACUUCAUAUUGCUUGUGUCAAUGGACAUGCAGAAGUGGUUCAGUUCCUGGUGGAGAGCAAAGUGAAACUUAACCUAUGUGACAAUCAAAACCGGUCCGCCUUGAUGAAGGCGGUGCAGUGCCAGCAGGAUCGUUGUGUUGCCAUCCUCCUUGAGCAUGAGGCUGACCCCAACCUCGUGGACAUCAAGGGGAGCACGGCGUUGCACCUGGCAGCGCGGAUCCCCUCACUCUCCGUCGCCGUCCUGCUUCUGGAGCACGAGGCCAACAUCAACGCACAGAAUAAGGAUGGAAACACUCCGUUGAUUCUGUCUGUGGAGGAGAACCAUCCUGAGAUGGCAGAGCUCCUUCUGAAGGAGGGUGCUGAUGUUGACCUCAUCAACUUGGAGCACAGGUCAGCUUUGAUGAUGGCCUCUUGCAAUGGACAAAUUAGUAUGGUUCGUCUACUCCUGCAAUACAAUGCUGAUAUCACAAUAAAGGAUGAUAAAGGGUGGACAUCUGAUGACUAUGCAGUAAUGAAUGGACAUCAUGCAUGCUCACAUUUGAUCAUUGAACAUGGGACAAAACACAAGUAUGAACAAUCUCCCUCCCACCACAACACUAGUAAAAAGAAACGAUCUGUGCUGGGUAGUGUAUCUGGCGACAUGGAGGCAGGCUUUUCAUUAGGUGGCCCAGCCACCGACAAAGAUGAGCUCCAGUUGUCAGGAGCAAUGGCAGCAGGGAGAGAUAUUGAAGACAACUCUCAAACUGACUCCAUCAGUAGAGCAUCAAAAAGCGGCCCUGCUGACUCAUGGCCAUCUUCAGAUGAAGAUGACGCAUUGGAUCUUAGUCCAAAGAAACCUGAAAAGGUUAACCUUAAGAAACUCCUGAGUGCCUCGAAGAAAGACCACACUGAAGUGUUGGCAGAUCCUGACAAAUUGUGGAGUGGGGAUGAGUCUGAGCAUGGGAGCGUAGAUGGAGCGGAAAGAAACCCACCUCUCCUCAGGGCCCCCCUGCUGAACAGCACUCCCAAGCACCCAGUAGCACCCUCUCCCUUUUCCAAACCUCCCCAGAUGACCUCUUUCCCUGUCAACCAAUCCCAAAAGGAAAAUGUGUCCGUGGAUGAGGAUGAUGAUGAUGAUGGAGAAGAAGAGGAGGAAGAUGAGGAGGAGGAGGAAGAAGAAGAAGGAGAUAAGUCAAACCCUGAGGAAGAGACUGAAACUCGACAUGGUACCGACACUUCAGUGAUGAAGAAUAAAGCCACUCCAAAACCCCAACAGAGAGAUUUUCUGUCUGAGUUGGGUUUGGAAAAAGGAGAUGGAGAUGAUGAUUCUCCCUGGGACUCUGAGUCUGCCUCCGAGAGUCCAAGGAAACAACAUGGCCGCGGUCCCACCGCUCCUGCCAAGGCACACAGCACCAUGUCCAAUAUUUCAGGGAAUAGUGAAGACCUGUUAUACAUUCCCUCUUUCAUUAGAGAAUCAAGGAAUAGUUAUCUAAACACAUGGGGAGGUAUAGGCAGGCCUGCAAGGAGGAGGGAAAAGGAGUCGAGGGGAGGGCAUGAAAAUGUCAACGAGGAAGACAAAUGUGAAGGUACUGAGGAUACAGUGCCAGUUUGUCCUCAGCAACCUGCUGUGAUGAGGAGAGAGACUGUCUCUGUGCUAAGUAAGCUAAUGGACGCUAAAGGACAAUCAGACACAAAAACGGACCUUAUGGAAGAACUUGGACUUGGAGAUGUGGAUGAUCUAGAGGAAAAGCGCAAAUGUACUACAGAUGGUUCCGACUGGGACUCUGCCAGCACUGCUAGUAAGGCCAGCCCAUCUUACCGGUUGGAUGAGGAACCGGAGCGGGAUACUUCCUCCAUCCCAGUACUAUCUGUUCUGCAGGAGCAGGAUCCGGGCCCUCCUGGUCCAGGAGAAGUGCACAGAAGCCUAACCCCUGAGAAAAGGAGAGCCUCUCCAUCUGCAACCUCACCACUGCCCAGUCCACGUCUUCGUAGUACCCUCUCUCCCCUUCGGCCCAAACCACAGAUUCACACCCUGAAGCCAGCUUCCCCCAGGCCUGAAAGUGAAGAGGGGUCUGACUGGGAUUCUGAAAGCUCUGCUGCUGCCAGUCCAACAAAGACAGCAAAGCCACUGCCAAAAACUGUAAACACAGAUGCAAUAUUGACACCAGCAUUUCGUGAGCCUUCACCAGUGGAAGAAGGGACCAGUGAUGUUAGGAUUGAAGAAAAUCCUGAACAGGAUACAGAUGCAUUAUAUGCAUCAGAUUUUGGUCUAAAUCUAAGCCAGUGCCAGCUUCCUCCAAUGGUCUCCCAAACUGGUGGGGAGGAGGAAGAUCUGCAAGAUGCAUUCUGGGAAAAAAACUAUGAAAAGAUUUGGGUGGAGUUUGAAAAACGAGAAACAAAAUCACAGUACAAAAAUGUGGCUGCUGAGUUAAAAGAGAUGUUUGGCGAACUGACUCCAAACGAAUCUGGGAGUCCUGAGGGAUGUGCUGCGGAAGACAAACAACAAGAAAAAGACAUGGCACCUAGUACACCCAAAUCAGAAGUGUCCAUUGUGGAGGGGGAGGAGGAAUGUAAGGAAGAUGCCCCUGGUCAGACUCUAGAAGGAGAAGGGAACAAGAAGGAACGAGAGGGGAUUGUGAAGAAGGAUCUGAAACAUGUGGCUGUGGCAGAACAUGAACCUGAGAAUGAAGUCCGAGCACCCAUAGAGGUCCCGUCAGCAGAUGAGCCCGGUGAACUUGAGGAUGAGUCAGAAAAUAAGCCCGCAGUGGUGGUCAGAACUGUAGAAGAGGAGCCAAGUGAGGAGGAAGAUGAGAUUAUGAAAGAGGUAGCAACUUCAGCUGUGAAUGCCGAAGAGACUGAGGAGGUUGAAGUCAGAGUCAGUCCUGCUGCAGAGGACUCCAGUGAUGAGGAUGAUGAUGAAAUGAUGAUCACAAGGCCCAUAGCCAGAGCGAGAAGCAUCAUGCUCCACCCCAUUCCUGAACAGAGGGAGUCCUCUGGGCAAGAGGACUCACAGUCCGAGGAGUCCCCUCGCCCUUUACAACCUCCUGAGAAGGAGGUCUGCAAGGAUGUAGGGGAGGAAGCUCUUACCAAAGCCCCAGUAGAAGACCGAGAGAUCAGUCUGCUGUCCCCAGAUCCUCCAAGAUAUACCCUUGAGGCUGAAUCAGAGGUGCAUCACACAAACCAAAGUGAUGGGGAUAGGACGGUGAAGCCUAGAUCACAGCCGCACAACGAUGACCUUAUUUUGGCCAAAAGUGAGAGUAAAGCAAAUCGUGCCUCAAGCAGAGCAACUCCUAGUCAGGUCAUCCACAGGUCAUCCACACAAAACUCUGUGGAAUACCGAAGCAGACAAACCUUAGAGACUGACAGGAAGAAUAGUGGGCCCCGCCAAGAGGUUCCCCAAAUUGUGCACUCUACCAGUUCACUCUGCCCCUCGACUCCUUCCCGCCUUUCAGAAGAAGAGCUGCAAUUGGACCUGCAGAGGUUCAAACACAAGGUAGGGAGGCUGAGGGUUGUCUUCCAGGAUAUGCAGAAGGAGAGGGCACAGCUUCGCAAAAAGACUUCUGAAGAGUUUAAAGCUAUGGUGGAGGAGAAUAAUACUUCUAUCCUGAAAGAUCCUGUGAAGGGAUCAAAUGCACAACAUGAACAUGACCUGGAAAAGGAGAUGAAAUUUAAAACCAACCCUGGAAACCCAAAACCUCAGCAAGAAGGAGCAGCAGGAAAUCCAAGGGAGCACGAGUUUAAAAUAAGGGACAGUGUUGCGCAAAAACUUCAGACUUCAACAACAAAAAGUCCAAGGAGCACUGGCAGGUCCCCAGCACAGGAGGAGCAGCCUGGUGGCGGUGCAGAGGAGGAGCAGGAGCUCAAGGCUCUAGGUAGUCAGGGGAGCCCGGAGGGGCAUGCAAUGGAGCAGGCCAGGGCUCUGCAGCACACAGCACACUUAAAUGGAGACUGCCUGUCUGUGUUUGAUGAUAGUACUUUAAGUGAGGUGUCGGAAGAUGAAGGAAGGUCACCACUUCCAGCACAGAACAUCAAGAGUGCCGGUGAAGUGGACAUGGCAGAUGACUUGGAUGACCUCACUCAGUCCUCAGACACAGGCACUGAGGAGUUAGACUCCCCCUCGUCUGGGUACCGCCAUGCGUCUUUGCUCAUCAAACAACUCGAUUCCACUUCUAUAGACUCUGUGAGCAUGGUGAAGCUGCAGAACAUGUUCCAGGAGUACGAGCACACCAUCCACCGGGAGCGCAGUCGCCACAGCCGGCUGGCCGAGAAGAUGAGUCAGCUGGAGCAGGAGCGCACUGAACUCCGCCUCUUGCUGGAGGAGACCCGGGACAGUCAGUCCAACCUGGUGCACCUCAAAAUGGAGCUGGAGACCGAGCUCAACAACCUCAGAUUUUUGCUGAAGCAGGAGCAGGAGAAGCACCACAACGCCUCCAUGUUGUAUGACAAGACGCGCGAGCAGCUGCGUCGCAAGGAGGAGCAGCAGAGGCUGGAGGAGGAGCAGAAGCAGAAAGUGGAGCUCACCAUCCGCAACCUGGAGCUGGAGAAACGCACUCUUAUCAACAGCAUGAAACAGCUGGAGGAUGACCGUAACGAGGCCCAGAGGCAGCUGGCUCAGGAGCGGAGCGCUCGCGCUCUCCAGGAGGAGAUGCUCAACAGCCACCGCCGCAAGCAGCAGGAGAUCGAGGAGGAGAACCGCAAGAACGUCGUCCAAAGCAAAGAGGUGUUGUCCCAGCUGACGGAGGCCAGUGAUCGUGAGCGGGAGAUGAUGACGCAGGUGGGCGCGCUGCAGGAGGAGCUGCUGACCCUGCGGGCGGAGCUGGAGCGCGAGCAGGCCAGCAGCCGGCAGGAGGAGGGCCGUCUGUCGGAGGAGGGUGAGGCGCUGCGCGAGCGCCUGGAGGACACGCGCCGCGACCUGAAGCUCAGCGAGGAGGCACUGGCCCAGGCCGUCUUCCAGUACAACGGGCAGCUGAGCGCCCUCAAGGCCGAGUGCCAGGUGACCGCCGGCCGCCUGGAGCAGGAGCGGACGUCGCGGCAGCAGCUGGAGACGGAGGCGGAGUCGGUGCGCGUGCGUUUGUCCGGCGCGCUCCAGGAGGUCGAGCGGUGCCAGGCGGCGCGGGCCGAGGCCGAGCGGGCGCUUCAGCGGGAGCGCGAGGAACGCCAGCGGGCGCUGGAGAAGCGCGCCGGCGAGGCGGGCACCCACCGCGACACGGUGCACGAGCUCUCCCAGAAGCUGGGCCAGGCGGAGGCGCGGGCCAACAGCCUGGAGACCGAGUGCCACCGCGCCACGCUGGCACUCACCGAAAAGGGCCUGCUGCUGGACACAGCGGCGCGGGAGCGCGAGCAAGCACUGGUGCGUCUACGCGAGGCAGAGGCGGCGCUGCAGGCCGAGAGGGAGCAGGCCACGCGGGCCGGCGCCCGCCAAGAGGCCACGCAGGAGAGGCUGGCCCAGGCACAGAGCGAGGGCGCGUUGCUCCGCCAGCAGCUGGAGGAGGUGCAGAGCAAGGGCAUGGUCAAGGAGCGGGCAGUGACAGACGCACAGGAGCGCUUUAGCGACAUUCUGGACAAGCUGCGCUCGGACUGUGAGGAGAGGGUGCAGUUGAUUGAAGAGAGGAGCAAAGAGCUGGCUGAGAAGAACGCUGACCUUCGAGACCAGAACCACAAACUGGACCAGGAGAAGGCCGACAGAGAGACCGCUCUAAGGCAGUUGCAACAGGAGUUGGCUGACUCAUUGAAAAAGCUGUCAAUGUGUGAGGCAUCACUUGAGGUCAACACACGUUAUCGCAGCGACCUAGAAGAGGAGAAGGCGCGCACCUUGAAAGACAUGGACCGACUGAAGACCAAGCUUCAGGAAAGUGAAGACCAGUUUGUGCAGGCUGAACGGCGCAUCAACAGCUUGAAGUGCAGCCUGGACGAGAAGGAGCGCGAGGUGAUCGCCUCAUCACAGAAACUCCAGGAGGUGCUGUCCGCCUCAGCUGCCUCGGAGAAGACCAUCAAGCAGCUGGAGGAGGCCAUGCAGAGGCUGGAGAUUGACAAUGCCAGGCUUGAGGCGGCCGCCAAGCAGCAGUCCAAUCGCCUCGAGGUGCUACAGAAAGGAACCCAAGAAGCUGCAGCGCCACCAGACUCUUCAGCAGGAGGAGGGGUACGAAAUCGCUUGGAGGAUCUUGUGACAAAUCUGCAGAGCAGCAAGAUGACCUUGGAGGACCAACUUAACCGUGAGAUACAGAAGCAGAGUCUGCUGAGCCAUACUGCCCAGGACUCGCAGGCUCUGUGGGAGGAGGAGCUGAAGAGCCGCUCGCGAAUUGGCAUCCGACUAGCGGAGCUGGAGAAGGAGAAAGGAGAGCUCAGCACCCAGAUGGAGCUGGAGAGGAAGAAGGCCAAGAAGAUUGGUGAGCAGAAAAAGUCUGUGGAUACCCGGCUGGAGCAGGAGAUGAAGAGAAACACCGAACUCCAGAAAGAAAUGUACAGGCUGAGGACGUUGGUAAAGACGGCUAAGAAGAAGCUGCGAGAGCAGGAUGGUGGAGAGCUGGCCUCCCCUCUCACGUCUCUCAGGGGGGACCUGGGCCAGAGGCAGUCGGACACCGAGUCCGCCAUCAGCCGCAUGAAGGCCAAGGUGGACGAGCUUCAGCUGCAGCUGGAGAAGGAGGCGUCGCGCUGCAGCCGCCUGGAGCAGGUGAACGGGGAGCUGAAGGAGCAGCUGGCCGCGCUGAAGGGCCUGAGCCGCAGUCACGAGCGGCUGGAGCGUAGCAAGCGGCAGCUGGAGGAGGAGCUGUCCGGCCUGCGGCGCCAGGUGGAGAGCGGUGUCAUGGACCAGAGCCAGGCCGAGCAGUACCGCCGCGAGACAGAGGAUCGCGCCCGCCAGGAGAUCCGUCACAAGCUGGAGGAGGUCAACCUCUUUCUGCAGACCCAGGCCGCCUCUCAGGAAGCUCUGGAACAAAUCAAGGCCGCCAACGAGGCCAGCCAGCGGACACAGCUGGAGCAGCGCAUCAAGGAGCUGGAAGUGGAGCUGGCGCGCACACGGAGCACCCAGCAGGACAGCGCUAUGCAGCGCGAGUCCAGCCGUGCCGAGCUCGAGCGCUACCGCCAACUCUACGCUGACGAGCUGCGUCUGCGCAAGUCCCUGGCGGCCAAGCUGGAUCGAUGUAAUGAGCGUCUGGCGGAGGCCAACACCAAGCUCCUGAGCGAGCGGCACCGGAGCAAGUCCCUCAUCGCCAGCAGCAUAGUGAACGGCAGCCUGGGGGCCCCCUCGGUGGAGGUGGGCUCUCUUGGGUCACUGGGGGCCUAUGGGGGCACCCUGGGGCCCCUCAAUAGGAGCCUGGGGUUGGGGGGGACCCUACUGGGCACCGUAGAUCCCCAGACCAGCCGAGUAGAAGCUUAUCUGGCUAAGAUGCAGAGUGAAUUGGAGAAAAACAUAUCAAAGGAGUUGGACCAUGCGACCGCAGAGCUGGACGGAGCUUCGCCACGCCUGUCCCCCGUGGGCUCGGCCUGUGGCUCCCAGAAGAGUCUGGCGCUGGACCAGGACCCUGUGAGCAGAGCCACGCAGCAGUACCUGGAGGUGCUCAAGAAGAACUACAUGAUCUGACACCCCCUUGAGAUUCUUGUUUACACACACACACACACACACACACACACACACACACACACACACACACACACACACACACAACCAACCAACUACAGACAAGGCCAAAGCCUAGCUGCCCAUUGCCACUACAUUUCCUUUUGUACGUGUGUGGUUAUUUAUUCCGGCUUUUACACAAGAGGAUGAGAAAAAGAUGAUGCACAUUGCACUUAAAAUGCUCAGGAGCAAAGGGUGAAACGGAGUUAUGUUUAGUGUAUUGUCUGUGAAGCCAUAUUUUAAAAACUGCUAUGGGUACGUGUGGAGUUGAACUCCUGAUGCUUUCAUUAUAUUUUUAUUUGACCUGUGAUGGUAAUUAUGGUUGUCUUUUGAUGUGGUUGUGUAAAAUCUUAUUUGUUUUUUGUAGUAAAUAUGAGUAUUAUAAGUGUACCAUACAUAUUAAUGCCAAGUUACCAAUCAUAUUUGGGACUUAAUUUGUUAUGGUGCAAUAUAUUUUUUGUCUAGUGAGUUGGUGUUAUGGUCAAGAAAAAAACAAUCUGAAAACGCCUGUUUUUUGUAAAAACAGAAGAUAUACUUGAAUGAUACAUGACUAGAUCAUCUGGUUAUCCAGGGUACUAUAAGCUGUUACUGUAAUUCUAUAUUUGGACUAAAUAUUGAUGCCUAUCAUUAAACUUCACUAAAUCCUGAGCUCUUCAGUAUUUUAGAGUGUGGAGUAUUAAGCAGUCUACUAAAGAUAUACUUUACAGAAA